CUUUCGAGAACGUAGACCGAAGGUCUGCUCAGGUAUCAGAUAGAGGCGUUUACCAGAAAUGCUGGGUGGGCUUAGAGAAUAUAAAGAGGAGGGAGGAUGAGUCUCCUCAAAUGUUUGAGGACAGAGAGGAGGAACAGGUGUGUCGAGAAGAUGAACUGCCUUGUAGUAGCUGCGCUUGCUUUGUGCGCCCUCUUACCAAACGCCCAUUGUGCCGAUACAACAAUAGCCUGGUGUUAUCAUCUACCAAGCUGCAACGACACCACCUGGCCGGUCAUUUCAACUAAGUAUUGUAACGGCAGCCGACAGUCGCCCAUCGACAUCGUCUCCUCGUCCGCCACAGCUGAUUCCAAUCUGACCGCCUUCACUUUUCAGAACUUCGGCAGCACCACCGCCAUGACAAAGAUCGAGAACACCGGCAAGACAAUUAAGGUGACCUUUAACAGCGGUGUUGGGGUUUCUGGAGGAGGUCUGUCUGAGGCCUAUGACAGCCUGCAGUUUCACCUGCACUGGGGUAAUGGCUCCUCUGUCCCCGGCUCUGAGCACACUGUGGACGGCAAACGCUACCCAAUGGAGUUGCACAUUGUAAACCUCAAGUCAUCCUAUAAUGGAAACACAACUCUGGGCAUUGCAGACUCCACAGGACUUGCUGCUCUUGGUUUCUUCAUUGAUGUAGCGUCAGGUGAUACAACUGGCCAACCUAAAAGCUGGAACACCCUGACCUCCUAUCUGUCUAACAUCACAGAAAGUGGCCAGUCUGUUUCAAUUGCACCUGGGAUUUCACUUGACGACCUCCUGACAGGGGUGGACCGCACCAAGUAUUUCCGCUACCUUGGCUCCUUGACCACCCCGGCUUGCAAUGAGGCUGUGGUUUGGACUGUGUUUAAGGAGCCGAUCAAAGUCAGCAAAAACCUGAUUGACCUCUUCAGCACAACUGUGCACAUCACCAAUAGCUCGUCGCCUUUAAUGACCAAUGUCUUCAGAAACCUCCAGCCAGCACAGGCAGUCACAACACAGGCUCAGAGCAGCAGCAGCUCUACCUCCAAAACCUGCUACUCUCUGGGGCUGAUGGCCCUGAGUCUCGUUCUGGGGAGGAAUUAAUACCAAAAUGUCUCUGCAACUUGUUGUACUGGUGGGCUGGUGGUGAACCUGCUCCUCUUCCCAGCAUGAUUUGUCUGACUUUAGCCUUGUCCAGAUAGUUAAUACUUUAAAGUCUCCACUUAACUACUUCACCUUUAGUGCCCUUGAAUCGAUAUGUAGGUUGCAGUGUGAACAUGUGAUCAGUCUUUUUAACAUCCAAGCAAAACUGAGCCUUAACACCACAAGCUCUUAGCUGUUUCUAGCUUGAUAUGUUAACAAUGUUAUCACAAAACAGAAGGAACAUUAAAAGUAAUGAGGGCUA